AACGAAAUUCAUUCAACAUGACCAAAAUCGAUUGUAAAUCGAGGCGUGGCACCAAAAUAUCGGUGAUCAUUUUAGGCGGAGCUUUGUGUGCCGUAAUGAUGGCUUAUUUUGUUUUUGGCGACACCAACGAUGAACGUGGCCUACGCAAUUUACGAAUGAUAUCGAUACUCUUUAGGCAUGGUGAGAAGAAUCCCAGUGAAUUAUAUCCAAAUGAUCCGCAUGCCACCCACGAAUGGCCAGGAGGUUUGGGAGCACUGACACAGAAAGGUAGUCUACAGGCCUAUAAUUUGGGUAAAAAUCUGCGAAUGCGCUAUUAUCGUUUGCUGCCACCAAAUGGUCUUUAUACCGCCCAGCAAGUAUCGGUUUUAAGCUCAGCCGCCGAACGAUGUCUGAUGAGUGCAAAUAGUCUGUUGGCUGGAUUUAUGCCACCGCUGGAGCACAACAAUCCAUUGCCCAUUGAAUGGCAAACAGUGGCUGUGAAUUCGAUACCACGUAAAGAGGAUAUUUUACUGGCCCAAAAGAAACCCUGUGCCAAAUAUGAUACCAUCUUACAAAAAUUGUAUAAAACCCCACCACCUGAUGUACGAAAAAUGGAUGAUGACAAUUACAACUUAUAUCGCCUAUUGACCAAACAUACUGGUCAAAAUAUCACCUCCGUCUUGGAUGUUGAAUUAUUGUAUAAUACAUUGAAAAUUGAAAGUGAAGCUGGCUUAACUUUGCCUGAUUGGGCAGAAAAUAUCUAUCCGGAUCGUUUGGAACCAUUGGCGGAACGUAGUUAUACUCUCUUUACGGAAACAAAUCUAAUGAAAAAAGUCAAAGGUGGUGCCUUUCUCACCGAAAUACAUUCGAAAAUGUUGAACAAACGUAAACGGAAUUUAAAUCCGGAUCGGAAAAUAUUUCUAUAUGCUGGGCAUGAUGUGACCCUUGUCAAUGUUAUGAAUUCCCUGAAUAUUCUAGAUCAAACUGCCAAAUUGCCGGAAUAUGCAUCGGCAUUGGCUUUUGAAUUACAUCAUAGUUCGUUGUUUAAAGAUGAUUUUGAGGUUAAGAUUGUUUAUUACUAUAACAGUGAUGAUAAAUUCCCCAAAGAAUUGGCCAUACCGAAUUGUGAUGCUCCAUGUUCGUUGACUCAAUUCACUGAAUCGAUUAGCCAUCUACUUUUGGAUAACUACGAUGAGACUUGUGAAAAUCCUCAGCCGGAGUGUAAAUAGCAGAUACUUAAUCUUGGUCAAUUAUUAUAUACUAUGGCGAUUUUGUUAUUUAUUUUUAGAUU